AUGCAGUCGUGGUACCGCAAUUUCAAGGUCGUCAUUGCAGACCUUUCAGAAGAGGGCGAAACCGUCACUGAGGAAGAAAUGAAUUUUCUGCUCCGUUCCACGGAUCCGCUGCAGAGGAAAACGGCAUAUGCUUUCGCAACGCGAUGGAACAACACCGUUCUGCUUUGGCGGUCCGGCGAGGAGUCUGACGUGAAUCUGCCAAGCUUCUCGUUGAAACGCUUUCUACUUCUUUCGCACGCCGUAAAACAGACAGCUGAUUUUUCGUCUAUGUACCACGAGAACAACGCUUUCGUUCUUCUAGACAAAAUACUGGCCGAAGCAGAGAAGUUGCUGCCUGUGUCAGCGGUGGCAGCUCCAUCCAGCUGCAUCAACGCGUAUUUGAGCAUUUCAAGGGCAUACGUGCAAGAAGACGAACCGUUCACUGUACGACUAACACUGAGGAACAUCAGACCUCGUCCAAUCUCACAUGUUUCCCUCACACUGAAAAUGAUCACUGAUACCGGUGUCCCCGUUCCAGUAUUGACAAACAUUGUUGAUUCGAUUAAUUUCGAUGAAGACGGUGAGAUUUUACCACAGCAGGCCAGCUCUGUCACAUGGUCUGUUCGAAUAGUCGAUGAAGUGGUGACGGCGACGGCCGAAGAUGAGGAAUGUGUUGUGAUGAUAGCAAUGCAACUUCGCUACGACCGGCAUCAGUCGUCACUGCAUAUACAGUCGGACAGACUGUACCUCCGACCGAAAAGAAUGCUCUCCUUGUGGUAUUUAUUUCACCCCGUCACAGUCACUAAACAAAUCCAUAAAAAAAUGCCAAACAUUGUUGUGGUCGUUCAGAACAAUGGAUACAGGAGCUUGAGAAAUGUGCACCUUGUGACCGAAGAAAUAUCAGUGAGAAAAUGUGACUCAUCGGGUGAUGAAGAACCAACGCCUUCAGUCGCAUUCCGCAUAUCCGACGUGCUGUUGGAUGAGAGUAAAAUAGAAUUUCAAACGGAACAAAGGCUGGCGCUGGUGCGCGCAAAAAGCGUGUCCAAUUUAAUGUUGUUUCUGGAGGGGGACACCGACUCAUGCGUGGCUGAAUUUCGCCAGCGAGUCAUAGUGGAUGGGGAAAUCUGGUCGGCAAUUCCUCGAAAAGCCUUUUCCGUCAUACGAUGGUUUUAUACCAUCGCCUCGACGCCUUUUAUGGCACUUUUAGCAGAAAAUUCUACCCAAACGCCCACCGCAGUAUUUCUUCUUGACAGAGGCGAAUUUCGGCCUGUCACCGCAGUGCACCUCGCACUGGAAGUCUUGAAUGAAGAUCGCUAUUCAAAUCGUGUGGAGGUGACAUUGCUAAGCGUUAUAGAUCAGAUUUCUCAGGGGGGUCCUACAGUCGUUUACGGUGAGCAGGAGCUGUUUUUUCAAACGGCGACGCAUCAUCUGCUUUUGGCUUCCAGUCACAACGCUUCCGGUGAAGAAUGGUGGUUCGCUUGGGCAUCCGAGCACGGAUCUUUUUCUCGACUACAUCUGCUGGUCUGCCAAAGCACUGUUGUCCCAAGUCACAAGUAUAGCUUUGUCUUCGGCAUCCCAAAAUCUCCCAGUGAAACUCAGAACACGCAAUCCGAUAUACUGGAAGCAGUAAUCAGUCCAAAGAGCACCCCUCAAACCGCUAUCCUUCGUUUAUCUCAAUCUACAUCCCGAAGCGAAUCACAAUCGUAUAGAAAGUAUCUUCUUCCGGAAGGAUACGAUCAUUUCGAAAUGGAACCGGUCACAGGUACAUUGAUACUGACUCGCAGUGUGGUAAACGAAACAUCGUCAUUCUUCUGUCUGUAUCCGAUUACGGUGGAUGAACGUUCUUCAGAAAUCACGACUUCGACUAUUAUUGUUAGGGUAAUGGCUGAUUUCCCCAAGGAGCCUCCAACCAUGGACAUGGUCUGCGGUGGCAAUCAGACAAUAACGAAAGACCCUGAUGGUUAUGUGUGGUCGGCACAAUCCUCACUAAAUGUUCUAUCAAAUCCGGAGGACACUGCAUCAAGCAGUACACAAUUGCUGAACAUUUCAUCGUCUUCGACGUCUCAACCUGAUACAAGUUCAGAUUCAAUGCCGGAGAGUUCCAGCGACGUCAGCCCUACCUCACAGUGGGAGGAUAAUGAAUCAUAUUCGUCAAUUCAACAACCCCCUUCUGUUGUUUCAAAUUCAAGCCUGGCUCAUGUACCUGAAACAACUCACAGCUUUGCCAAAGAUAUCACCGCCACUGAGUCAGUUAUCAACGUUAAAACAGAUCUGCUGUUGACCAAUGAAACUCUGAGCGGCAAUGACCGUUCAAAAGUUUCUACAACUUCUGAAGAUUCGAAAGUUCCCCAGAUCUCAGAACCAUCUUUUAUGGAAGAACCGCCGCCAAUAACCGACCUACAAGAACCGCAAGGCCUAAGAUACCCAAGUGGAGAAUUUAUGGAAUCAGAGGAAGACUUUACGACAGAUAAAGAAACUUCCCAUUAUGGCACGACCCUUUCUCAUACAACGUCUGUCAGCUUUAAAGAAGUUUUGCCAUCGGAACCAGUUCUGAAGCUAACCACGAAUGAAAAGAAUGACGGCUUCAUCUCGCAACCAGAAACGUCUACAAAAGUUGGGAAAGAUUCUUCGAUAGCCGAAUCGUCUUCACACAGUCAGGUGCCCUCCACAGAAACGAUGGAAAGUACUCCCGGCAGUACCAUUGCUGCUGAGUUGAAAAAUGACUAUUCUGUUUCCACGCUAGCUUUGGGAAGAGCUUCUACGACAGAACAGUUCGACAGUACAUUGCCUGUCAACCAGCCAAUAGAAACUUCUUCAACAUUGGCAUCGCGUGAUAUGGACGAGAAAACAGCUAGCCAUGCGAAUCCAAUGACCAUCGUAAACGUAAACAUCACAAGGGACAUGUAUAAGAUGUCGACGAAAACCGAACCGAGUUCCGAGAAAAACAGCAGUCCAUCGACUAUGAUCGAAGAACCGUCGGAAAGUACUUUGUGGACUUCAAACGUUAGCACUGAAAUCAAGACCAUAGAAAAUAUAUCAGAGAAAUCUGAGGAAACAACUGCUUUCACACCCUUCGCUGUUUUUACACUUAGCAAAGAUAAGAUUAGCAAUGAGGAAAGCACAACCAUGAAGUCAGAAAGAAUAGUCACAGAACAGCUGCAAACUCAUACGGCAGUGAUUUCCGGAAGCAUUCAAACAGAAAAACUUCACCUUGACUCUGUGACUCGCGAUGAAAAGCUGAUCACGUUGGCGUGCAAAAUGAAGCACGUUAAACCAAUCUGGGCAUUCAUCUGUGAUUUGAACAGAAUCAGAGAAACAUCGAAAGACGAAGCUGGAAGAGGCCAGUGA